AUGCCUAUUAUUAGAAAGGACAACUUAUUAGAGGUUUCGAUUUUUAUAAAAAAUCAUCCUGAUAUUAUAUUUACACGUGCGGAUAAGGGUAAUGUGACUGUUGCUGUUGAUAGGACUUCUUAUUUAGAAAAGAUUAAUNCAAUGCUCAGUGAUGGUUUGACGUAUUCUCGCGUUAAUAAAAAUCCUAUAAAAAACAUAGAAGAUAGUCUUAAUAAAUUGUUAAGAAAUUNGGUACAAAAAGAAUUUAUUUCAGAUCUUACUUACAAAUCCAUCAAAUCUAGUGAUGGUUUGUUACCUCGGGCUUAUGGAAUACCAAANAUUCAUAAAAAAGAUAAUCCGUUUAGAUUAAUUGUUUCCACGAUUAAUAGUCCGUUACAUCACUUUGCUGAGUAUUUNAAUAAAUUGAUUCAGAAAAGCAUACCAGUUGCUAAUAGCUAUGUAAAAAAUAGUGUUGAUCUUGUUAACAAAUUGAGAGGUCUUACACUGCAGCAUGGUCAUUUGUUUGUGUCUUUAGAUGUAAAUUCCUUCUUUACAAACAUACCAAUCGAUCUAGCUAUAAAAGGGAUUAAA